UAUCCAUUCUCUAGCCACUGUCCAUCGGAACAGCGAAUACUAUUGAGAAACACAAUAGCAAGUGAGCAGGAAACGAUUGUGGAGGAGCAAGCAAGCAUCAGGUCCAUGGAGCUGGAGGCUGCCCCGCAGCUCCCGAGGAGGGACGCCAGGAAGCUGGUGAGGUGCCCGAGGCUGCAGCUGGACGCCAAGACGGUCACGGCCGUUGAGCAGUCCACGGGCACGCCCGUCGCCGACGCAGCGGCCACCAGCCCUGGCGGCGCGAUGCGUGUCAAGAUCUUGCUGAGCAAGCAGCAGCUCAAGCAGGUGGCCGCGGCCGUGGCCGCCGGCGGCGCCUUUGGCCUGCCGCCCGCGCUGGAGCAGCUGGUGAGCGCCAUCAAGCGGCAGCACGCGAAGAAGCAGGCGGCGCCGACCAACGCGGCCGCCGCGAGGCGCCCGGGACGCUGGUCGCCGGCGUUGCACAGCAUCCCGGAGGAUAUCUCAUAUCUAAGCUAGUUAAUCCACCUAGCUUCGUGGUAUAGUCGGUUUGCAUGUAUAGCUUCGAUGGUCUCUCUCCAUUUUUCGCCUCUUCGUCCUUAAUUUCUGCGUCGCAACGUUGGGCCAAAGUGAAAGCGCGCCCAACGGAUGCGCUAGCGUUGCAACUUUGAGAUGUCAGCAAUUUUAAUCUGACAUUUUGGAUCCAAAUCGUUUCUCUCUGCUCUGCUCAAGAUCGAUUGAUGUAGCAUAUAUUAUCUGGACGAAUCAAUAAAGAGAAUGAGCUGGGGAAAAUAAA